AUGGGUAUUUUGUCGGAUGACGUUGUGAUAAUCAGACAGUCGGAGAAAGAAGGCGACCCGAGUGUUAUCACCAUCAAUUGCCCAGACAAAACUGGCCUCGGUUGUGACCUCUGCCGUAUCCUCCUCUUCUUCGGUCUCAACAUUGUCAGAGGAGAUGUAUCCACUGACGGAAAAUGGUGUUACUUGGUGUUCUGGGUGAUUGGGAAACCAAACACGAGAUGGAAUCUGUUGAAGAUGAGACUUGUAGAGGCAAGUCCUGCCUUUUCUUGGGCCUUUGGUAUCUCAAGAUGUUACCUUUCUGACUCUGAGUUACAGCCUCCGAAGCUUCCUGAUCUUUUCCUAUUGAAGCUAGGUUGCUCUGACCGCAAAGGCCUUCUCUUUGAUGUCACAGAGGUUCUUUACAAGCUUGAGAUUAACAUUGAGAAAGUGAAGAUAUCAACUACUCCUGAUGGAAAAGUUAUGGACUUGUUCUUUGUUACAGACACUAGGGAUCUUUUAGGAACAGAGAAGAGGCGGGAUGAAGUGUAUGAGUACCUGAGAGAUGCCAUAGGAGAGUCAUUGGUGAGCUAUGGCAUUGAACUCGUUGGCCCUGAAAUCAGAGCUCGCUCACAGGCUUCCUCAUCGGUUGCAGAAACAUUGUUCUCCUUGGAUGUCUCGGGAGAGCAUCCUAGUGGGUUACACACUUCAAACAGUGUGUCUAUUUCAGUUGACAACUCGCUGAGCCCAGCUCACACUCUCGUUCACAUCACUUGUCAAGAUCACAAAGGCCUUCUCUAUGAUAUUAUGAGAACUUUCAAGGAUUUCAACAUUCAGAUCUCAUAUGGGCGUUUUACAAUCAAACGAGGAAGGAACUGUGAGAUCGACUUGUUCAUCGUGCAGUCUGAUGGUCGGAAGAUACUUGACUCAAGCAAGCAAAAUGCGCUGAUAUCUCGAUUAAGAGGAGAACUACAGCAACCUCUGAGAGUGGUAAUCAUGAAUCGAGGUCCGGAUACUGAACUUCUAGUCACAAACCCUGUUGAGUUGUCAGGAAAGGGACGGCCACAAGUCUUCUACGACAUUGCACUUGCCCUCAAGAAGAUCAAUACCUGUAUCUUCUCGGCUGAAAUUGGAAGACAUGUGACGGGAGACAGAGAGUGGGAAGUGUACAAAGUGUUGAUCAACGAAGAAGAGAGCUUACAAGUCCGGAGAAGCAAGAUAGAGGAACAAGUGUGGAAUACUUUAAUGGGUUGGGAGUGA